AUUACAUUAUCAUUUCCUCCUUUUCCUCUUAGCUUGUGGUGUAACAAAGCAAUUAAUAGUGACAAGGUUUUUAUUGAGAUUAUAGAAUAAUGACAUUCAUAGUUCAUUGUCUCCAUAAAAUUUGUGCACGUGCAUUCACUGCAUUGACAGCAAUAAGAUGGCGGAUCCAACACAGUCCCUGUUGUAUUAUAUUGAGGAUAUCCCAAAAGCUGAGCUUCACAUCCACAUUGAAGGCACACUGGAGCCAGAAUUAAUGUUUAAGCUAGCAGAGAGGAAUGGUAUAAAACUGGAAGGCACUGUUUCCUCUCAUAAAGAUAGAAGACAAACAUUUAAGAAUCUUCAAGACUUUCUUGAUCUCUAUUACGAAGCAUGCAGCGUUCUUAAGGAGGAGGAGGAUUUCUUUGAUCUGAUGAAUGCAUAUCUCCAGAAGGCAGCUCACGACAGUGUCCUGGUUGCAGAAAUAUUCUUUGAUCCUCAGACCCACACAGAGAGAGGAGUCCCUUUUGAGACCGUGAUUAAUGGGCUCCAUCGCGGCCUUUGUCAUGGCUACCAGCACUACAACAUCAAAGGUAGUCUCAUACUUUGUUUUCUUCGCCACCUCUCUGAAGACGAAGCCAUUAAAACUUUAAAGGAAGCCAUGCCUCAUCUUGACAAGAUUAUAGGCGUCGGCCUGGAUUCGGGUGAGGUUGGUAACCCACCCGAAAAGUUUGAAAAGGUUUUCUCGAUGGCAAGAGACCUUGGACUUCAAGUUGUAGCACACGCUGGAGAGGAAGGAGGCCCAGAGUAUAUCACUGGAGCGUUGGACUGCUUGAAAGCAAAGAGAAUCGAUCAUGGAGUUCAAUGUCUCUCAAGUGAUGAGCUUGUUAGCUCACUGGUAGCUAGAAAGAUACCUCUCACUGUCUGCCCUCUCUCUAAUAUAAAACUCCAAGUAGCAAGUCGCUACUUUAACGGUGCCAGCCCAGUCAAGCAGUUACUGGACAAAGGAUUACUGGUCACCAUAAACUCUGAUGACCCAGCUUACUUUGGUGGGUAUAUUAAUGCCAAUUUUGUCCAGGCAGUAAAGGAUUGCAAACUGACUGCCAAAGACGUCUUCAACAUAUGUCGAAAUGCCUUCAACGCAACAUUCCUUCCACUGGUAGAGAAGGAGUAUUAUUUGUCAUGCCUGAAUCGAUUCAAUGUUGAAUCAGGGUUUGCUGCUCCGCCGAAAUCAGUUGCAAUAUUUGGCUCACGACAGCCAGCUCCAGGGACGCCCCAGUAUGAAAUGGCCCGCAAGUUAGCAGGGAUGUUUGCCUCUCGUGGCUAUCAGGUUGCUUCAGGAGGUUACAAUGGUAUUAUGAAGGCCGCCUCCCACGGGGCAAACGAUGAAGGAGGCCUGUCUCUUGGUGUACUCUCUCCUCGGACGUUUCGAUCAAGAAACCCGAUUGGGAAUGAGUAUGUCUCUAAGACUAUGCUGAGUCUUAGCUUCUCCUCAAGGACGAGCGAUUUGAUCGAGACUUCAGAGUAUCUUAUUGCUUUCCCAGGGAAGAUGGGCACCUUUACCGAGAUCAUUGUUAGCUGGAGCCACUGGGUGGGACGAUCAGAAAGGAACUAUCCGGCCAAGAAGCUCUACAUUUAUCGAGAGCCUCUCGGUACUCUGUUUCAAGAUGUGGUGAAGCGAUUGGGCGUGUCUGAUGCCGAGAUAGAGCAUGUUAUCCUUUUUGAUAGUCUGGAUGAAGUCUUGGAAGGAGUUGAAAGGGAUUUUGAGGAGAGAAAGAAGAAAGCUGUAUUCUAAUUUCUAACCAUGCCUAUAACAAUGCUGAUAAGCUGUGUGAUUGCACUUAUGAUUAGCUGCAAGCUGUUUUGUUUCAAAAUUUAAUUUUAAUAUUGCACCAUUGAAACAUUUUCUUAAAGUG